AUGGCGGUGUCCACCCUGGACAAGCCGGACAUUAUUCUCGGCCAGAUGACCAACAGGGGCCAGAAUUGCGGAUCAGUGUGGAAGGGUUUCAAGGUUGAUUACUCCCUGGAAGAGGAUGAUUACUGCAGGGCAAAUGAUUGGCUAUGCAUUCUACGACAUCAAGAAUUAGUCGCCUGCUAA